UUAUAUUUCAAGCCACAGUAUGUAAAAAUCACGCAGCUUUUGAGUUCAUAUGGACAGUGAAUUUGUUUCACUCAUCCCUCUCCCCAGAUGAUGUGAAAGUUUCGCGAAUCCAAGAUGGCCGCCACCGUUACAAGAAAUCCCUGCUUCGUGAGGGGCCUGUCUGCGUUUGUUUGGCAGUGCCGCCCACCGAAUACUACAUUGAGUUUGUCCAAAACACAGCUGAGAUGGAAGGGACACAGUGAAUGGCAAAAUAGAAAAUACAAAAAAGCACACAUUGACUUUGCGCGCAGCAAAGAGUUUGGAAAAUUAUCUCUCGAAAUCAUCACAGCGGUGCGCGGUAAGAUAAAAUUAGUCACUCUCUUUCCUGGCAGAUAAAAACAGCAAAUGAUAAAAACACUUUAGGUGAUACUAAAUGACUGAAGAGUGCGGUUACACACGUAUAAUGUCAGCGGUCAAUGGAUCUCAGAGAUUAAGAGGUUACUAGCUGUCAUAUUUAACACCUAAUAUGACUUCGAAUUAAUCAACAUUUAGGUUCUCCUUAUAUUUCAAUGCAUAAUUAAUGUUACAGGUGAUGAGAAUAUGCAUUAUUGUCAGCUGGACUAAGACAAAUUAUGAUAAACUCCUCAUUUUGUUACUCCUUUAACCUUUUAACUCCCAUGAAUGACCAAGACAGAAUUUCUCCUUACAAUAUCAAUACAAUGUCAACCAGAUAAGUGAUGAGAAUAAAGAAUAAAGAAUAAAUAAAUUUGGGGAUAAUUAGUUCAUCCAGUAUUAAAUUCUGUGCACUAAAACCAUGAAAAUUAUACGGUUGAUAGUAAGGAGAGUUACAAAUUUGAUCUGGGAGUUAAAGACUUAAUGGAAAAACUGGUCAGGGGUUUAUGAGAUCCUGGUAAUGAUAGAAUUAACCCUUUAACUCCCAAGAUCUGAUUUUUAAUUCUCCCCACAAGCUGCUUUACAUUUCCUUGUAAAUUAGUUGUGAGUAUUUGGUGUUGGAAAAAGACAACAACUUCAACUUGAUAAAUUUCGUAUUCUUAUUACCUGUGUGGUGGAUAAUGUAUAGAUAUCAUAGAGAGAAUUUACAUAGUAAUUACUUCUGGGAGUUAAAGGGUUACCCUAAGUUGUGAUCCUCAUAAAUUAUCAAUGAGCUUGAUUAUUGCAUGGUGUGGAAUGUUUUCAAGGGCAUUGAUUCUUGUUUCUAAUGUCCCCAUGUUCCUGUUCUUUGAAGGUUCUUCUGUAAACUUUAAUGCUGUUUUUAUUGACUAUAGAGAAUGGACAAGAUGUGCGCAUGAAUCCUCGCUUGGAGAAACUUGUUGAAAAAGCUAGAUUAAUAAGCAUGCCUAAAAAUACCAUUGAUAAGGCAAUCAAAACUGGAGCAGGGGUAAGUAAAACUUUCUUUGGAUGAUAUCUUCACAUGAUUAUGCCAACACUACAAUGAUUUUUAACUGACAUAAUUACUGGUGAGCUUGAACGUUUUAUAUCAUUCAUCCAAGUGUCCAUGCUGACAACAUAAAAAAAAGGUUUUGAUUGUCUUUGAAAAUGGCAACCAACUUUUGAAUUGGCUACCACUUUGAAGAAUUUAGGAGCCAAGUGGCUAUCAGAAAAAAAAAUUGAUUUGACGCCCUGUCACUGUAUCAAAUAGACUAUUUUUUCAAAUGGAUAUUCUGACUCGUUUCUUCAGAUCUGUCGAAAUUAGGUAAAUGUGACCAUAUGUUACUGAUUUGCAGGUUUUGUACUGAUUUGUUUCUAGACAAAGGACAACCCCUUUGAGACGGUUUUCCUUGAAAUCAAAGGACCAGGGGGUUGUGGACUUCUUGUACAACUGCUAACAACCAAUAAAGUAAAAGCAAAGUAUGAAAUGAACAGAAUUCUACGGAGGAAAGGGUAAGUGUUUAGUAUCCCUGGUGAAUUCUGCCUUGAUCUGUGCAAAUGACAGAAAUAUUAUCUAACACUUUGACUCCUCAGAGUGACUAGCAUCUAAUUUCUCCUUACAUGAGCACCCCUGAAUCACCCAUUAAGGUCAUGAGAGUAAAGGAACAGAUCACCAUCCUAGGAAGCUCUUGAGUGUUCAACAAACUCUCCUUAUCAGCACCUUAAGAAAUGCUUAAUGACAAGUAUGGAAAAUAUGCAUACGUAUGUAGUAUAUAAAGGUGUAGAGUUAGGACAGCUUAAUGUACUGUAUAUACCCUACUAUUAUAGACUCACCUUAGCCUCUUAACCCUUUCACUCCCAGGAGUGAUGAACAUGUAAUUUUUCCCUAGUACUUCUAUACAUUAUUUAGCAAACAGGUACAGAGGAUACUCAAAGUUAUCGGGUACAAGUUGUGAUCUUGAUCUAACUCCAAAUUCUUGAACUAAUUUACAAGGAAAUGUGUAGCAGCAAGAGGGGAGAAUUAUUAGUCAGAUCUUGGGAAGGGUCAAAGAUAUAUUGUACAAACAUUAAUUUAUUCAGAUACCCAUGAUGUGAUAUGUAGAAUUCAUUAAAAACCUAAUAUUAUAAAGAUAUUCUAAAACCAUAUGACUUGUGGGGAUGUGUCAUUUCAUUUUUUCCAAAAGAUAGCUUUUGUAGGAGUUCCAUUUUUUUGGAAUUUUCAGGGGUGUGUCUAAAGAGGCAGGAUCAGUGCCUUUUCUUUACGAUCACAAAGGUAACACCUGGAGGCUUUAACUGUUACAACUGGGCACUAGAGUAUUUUUUUCUCUUCCUGCAUGAGAUGCCAGUCCAGUCCUUAGCAUUUUGUCAUAUUCCCCAAACAGUUUUAAACCUAUUUAAACUGUGUUCAGGAGAGAAGUAGUGUAAGGGCAAAGUUUCUUGCUCAAGAACUCUCUAUGGUGCUGAUUAGCUAGGAUUUAGUGCAAAAUCUAAGUUUACUCUAUAUUAAAACCUACUACUGGAAGUCUGUACUUUUUCUUUCAACUAUGCAGUGCUUAAGUCUCAAGCACUAUGGGGGAACAAUUUGCUACUGACAGUAACUAAAAAUUAUUGUGAAGUAAUUGUGAUUAAUGUAUUUACUCAUUUUUAAUCAACCAGGAACAAUAACCAUAGAAGAUUUUCUUUUUACGGAGGAAAAACGCAAGUUACCUGAUUAUCCUGAUAAUGAAAGUAUUGAAAGGGUAAGUCACUUUUGAUUUAACCCUUUAACUCCCAAGAUCUCAUCAGUAAUUCUCCUUACUAUCUGCCAUAUAAUUCUUGUGAUGUUAGUUCAGAGAAUUUGGUACUGGAUCAACUAAUAAUCCCUUACUUUAUAUUGUUUUUAUUCUCAUCGCUUGUCUCCUUGAUAUUGUAUUGAUAUUGUAUUGAUAUUGUAAGGAGAAAUUCUGUUUUGGUCACUCAUGGGAGUUAAAGGGUUAAAAUGUGAGUCUGUCUUGAUAGAAAAGCUAAAACAUGAUGAUUUUCUUCAUUAACACUUUAAACCUUAAGAGUGACAUGCAUCAAAUUUCUCCCCACAAUAUCACCCAUUGAAUCACAAGGUCAUGAGAAUAAAUGAAAUGAUCACCAAUGCAAGAAGCUUUUGAUUGUUGAACAAAUUCUCCUUGUCAGCAUCUUAGGAAAUGUAUAAAGAGCAGUAUGGAGAAUAUGCAUACUGAUUUUAGGCUGUAAAUAGGGUUAACUGCUACAUGUAUCUGUGUAAAUUUGAAGUGUGCUCUGCCUUGUUUGGUUUGGCUCCUGUUGGACAAAAAAAACAGAAUUUGUUAAUAUUAGAGUUCAUUACCGAUCAAAGUUAUAGUACAAAUCCACUUUACACAAUAUGCAUACAGUAGAGGCUAAAUACUGGUAAUAUUUAAAUCAAGAUUUGUGUCCUCUGUAGGCCGAAGAAAUAGCAAUCGAAUGUGGGGCAGAGAAUCUGUUCUUUAGUGAAUCUGAAAAUGGAACAAAAAAUAUAAAGGUAUGACAGUGUGAAGGGCCCAAAUCACUGAUACUUGUGGAAAUUGUACAUAUUACAGUUUACAUCUGGAACUGGACUUUUUCAUGAAACAUUGAAAUUCCUACUAACUUCUACAAGCAUAAUGAAGUAAAGUAAAAGUAAAGUGAAAUUUAUUUAAAACAGGGUGGCCCAUUCAGCGACAAGGCUGUUGUCCAGAGGGGCCAUGUAUAUACCUAAAAUCAUUACAAUAUUAAAAUCAAUUACAAUUGACACUUGUAGUCUAAAAACUUGUGGUCUAAAAAAACAAAAAAAAAAAACUGCAAUAUCUACAAUUGAAUUCUAACAAACACUUGUUGGCUAGGACCUUAUAAUAUUAUUUUUAAAAAAAUUAAUACAUAGGUAGAACUGGAUCUAAAUUACAAGAUAAGAAAUAAUUAAACAUGUAGCACUUUGCAAAAGUCUAUGCAAAAUUGUGUUUCAUCACUAGUUGCUUAAACUCCUUCAAAGACACUGCCAGUAUUUACAUGAUAUCAUUCUUUGUUUAUACGGCCAAGUAUUUUCUGUACAGUCUUUUGAUUUGACAAUGUUGUUGUUGUGAAUAUGAAAGUGAUCUUUGCAGUCAUGAACACUACUUGACCAAUAGUGAAAAUAAGGCCUGAAAAAAAUUCAGGCCUGUGCAGCGGUUGUUUUUUUAAGGUAUUAACUGACACUUCAAUGUAUUAUUUGAGAGUGUUUUCCAAGUCGAGUAGUAACUCUUUCAUACAGUCAGUCAGCCUAAACAAUCUUUAACAAUCACAAGAUUUCAAAUGAGUUUUUUGUAAAACACCCACUGUUUAUUUGUGUGGCUGUUUUUUUAAGGUGAUAACCAACGCUUCAAUGUAUUAUUUAAAAGAGUUUUCCAAGUCGAGUAGUCACUCAUUAAUACAGUUGGUCAACGUAAACAAUCUUUAACAAUCACAAGAUUUCAAACAAGUUCUUUGUAAAACACCCACUGUUUACUUGACGUAUUUACCAGAAAAAAACACAAAACAUAAAAAAAAAAAUUGUUGAUGUGUUCAUACGAUUCUUUCCAUUAUUACUAUUAUUGAAACCCUGAAAUGUCCCAUCAAGGUUGCCUCACCUAUUUAAAUCCCUUGCACCUUCUGAAGGGAUAUUUGUCUUAUGAUAAUAUUGUUUCACCCUGUAAAAAGUCCACAAAUCAAGAAUUAUAUUUCUCUUUCACAAUGCAUGAUCUCCAUCACUUCGAAUGAAGAGUGCUCCCUGGCAGAGUAACCACAGGAGUUCUAACCACUAGUUAUUUUACUUUGUUUUCAGUUCAUCUGUGCAUUGGAAGAUGUGAAACAAGUUUACAAUGACUUAUCAAACAGGUUCCCUGAUAGAUUUCUUUCAUCAGAACAGGAAUACUUACCACGAAAACUUGUUUCUUUGUCUGAAGAACCUUUACAGCAAGCAAAAAUACUGAUUGAUAGCCUGGAAGAGCACUUGGAUGUAGUGAGAGUAUAUGAUAAUAUCAAGGAGUUUCCAAGUCACACUUGCAAGUUGUUCUGUUCCACAUGACAGAUCUCUCCCAACUUUGGAGUUAAUGCAACCUGCCGUUUGUAAGCCCCCCAACUUAAGCUAUUCUGGUUUUGAGAGAUAGGAUCUUGGUAUAAUGUGACAUCUUGAAGGUUAACCCUUUAACCCCUAAGAGUGACAAGCAUCUAAUUUCUCCUUACAAGAUCACCUCUGAUUCACAUAUUCAGGUCAUGGGAAUAAAGGAAAUGAUCAUUACGUAAAGGAGCUUGCGAUUGUUUUACAAAUUCUCCUUGUAAGUACCUUAGGAAAUGUAUAGAGAACAGUUUAGGAGUAUAUGCAAACUGAUGUUAGGGUGUAAACGGGUAAACCAGUAAAUGCAAAACAUAUUUUGAUCCACACUGCUCUAGCUUGUUAUCAAGUGCUUUAUCUAUUCCAGUUAUAAGCCCCCUCAGAUAUUUCUACAGGGUUCUAAAACUGCUUACCAAGUUGUUCAAGUCCAGGGCUUAUAAGUAGUAGUUUAUCAUAUCUAACAGACUGGAAAUGUUUAAAAUUUCAGGACAUGCCUGAGUUAAAUUGGCAUAAUUAUAACCAAGCCAUUUGUGAGGGGGUUUAUUUGUUAAAGGCAGAGGUUCACUUAAAAAUUAUUUGGUAAUAAAAUUAACAAAGUUUAGAGGAGGAAAAUCUAGUACAGAUUAUAAGACCAAGAUCGAGCAAGAGAAAUAAAGAUUUUGUGAUAGCCUCUUAAAAUUAAUAAUGAAAGUUGGGAAAUAUUUUGCAAAUUAUGCUGCAUUUGGUAAUGUAAUGUUUGUAUCAAGGGAGUGACUGUAAGGUUGGCCUGAGUCCUAUAAACUGGAGCAGAAUGAAAAAAGAAAAAAGAAAGAAAUCUUCCCACUCAAAUCCCCCUGUUGUAAAUAUAUCAGGUUAUUAAUCACUUUGAAAAUGGACAACAUGACUUGAAGCAAGGUUGUAUGGCUGAACCCUUAAACUCCCAGAAGUGAUUAAAGUGAAACUUCUCCCUAUAAUAUCCAUACAUUAUCCAGCAAAGAGCAGAUGAAGAUACUCAAACUUCACAGGUAGAAGUUGUUAUCUUGAUCUUAUAUCAAAUUUGCAAAACUUAUUUGUCAGGAAUUGUGUAAAAGCU